AUGCUGGGACUCAUGCACUGGAAUAGAAUACAAGGAUCCACAUCAGAAAUAGAGGCGGACUCGCUUAGGAGCACUGUUUCGUUCUUUUAUCUGAAUACGGAUACAAUUUGGGAGAGUGUUGGAAUAGGGGCGAUAACGGGGAUGAUGAUGAUGUUUGCCUACUGUUUAAUAUCUGCAGAAAGGUUGGAGAUGCGUUUGGUUCUGUCUGCGGCGACAGUGGCGAUAAGCGUGUCUACCUUAUUGGACGGUUUAGAAUUUACAAUGAACAUGGCAUAUAAAAGGUCUCCCAGACAGAUAAGGAAAAGGCUAUCAGUUGGAUUUGGAGACCGGGAAAUGAUAGAAAAAGCCAUGGCAGAAAUAGAACAACUGAAAGAUCCCUCAUCGUUUUACCAAAAAAUGGAUUCUGAGUUUUCGACCUUCGUGAGUUACGUCGACAAGUUGUACGCUACGCUUCAGGACUUUGAGAAGGAGAUGCGUGUGCCGAUGUCAUAUUCCACCUGGAGACAUACUGAGAAAAUGGCAAAACGGCGAUUGGGUGAUGUGAAGAUGAGUUGGAAGGCACUGAAAGAACUAGCUACAGCUCCCAGUGGCAAGGUCAAAAUAAUCCGUUAGAAUAUAUCAAACGGAAGGCAUUUUGUUGUUGUUAGUUUUCUCAACAAUAGUUUUAGUGACAUG